GUCACUUACAUCAACAGCUACAUGCCGUUCACAGUGAUCCUCACAACGGACAUCAAGAGCUUGAUCGACACGUCCCUCCACGUUUACCAGAAGGCCUUCGCUCACGCCCCGGCCCUGUUUACCGGAGUCAUCUUCGGCUGCCUGGCUGCCAGGACACACCAGCUGUCCCGAAACAUCCAGGCCUUCAUGUGGACGGUGUCGGCGAUCUCGGCCUCCGCGUCUCUCUUCGGCGUCUACACCUGGAGCAGCGGGCGCGCGCCCGAGCCGCUCGAGUCCGCCGUCUACGCCGGGCUGCACAGAUUCGCCUGGGCCUUCGCCGUGUCCUGGGUCAUGUACGCCUGCGCCACCGGUCGCGGUGGGCUCGUCAACAGAAUGCUCGCCUGGCCCCUGUUUUACCCGCUGGCUCGGCUCUCGUACGCCGUCUACCUCGUGCACUACCUGCUGCUCGCCGUCAACACCGUGCUCAGCCGUGAAAGGAAGACCCAUCAGCCUUUUCUGUGCAUUGAGUGCCCCUUCGACGGUUUGGACGCCUUGCUUUUCGGUUGGGUGAAGGCCAAGCCCGACACUGCAAAGGACGCUGCUAAACCGACAAAAGACCAAGAGUUGAAGAGCGUAAGCUCCGAGGUCGGUGCAGUUGGAAAAGAUGCACUCUCCGCCGCUGUUCGUUAG